AUGCUAACAAAGAAGAAUCGGUAUAUCCACAGAGACACAAUAGUUGUGGAAGGUAACUGUAGUGCGUUCAUUCAAUGCAUCAUUCCCCCGAAGCAUAAAGAUCCCGAAAGUGUCACUAUACUGUGUUCUAUUGGUGAGGUUGCUGUGGGUAAAGCUCUCAUAGAGUUGGGAGCUAGUACCAAUUUAAUGCCUCUAUCCAUGUGCCAACGACUUGGAGAGAUAGAGAUAAUGCCCACACGCAUGACCCUCCAGUUGGCUGAUCGCUCCAUCGCAAGACCAUAUGGAGUGAUCGAAGACGUUUUGGUUAGGGUCAAACAUUUGAUCUUUCCAGCUGAUUUCAUAGUGAUAGACAUUAAAGAAGAUGCUGACAUUCCCCUAAUUCUUGAAAGACCUUUUAUGUCCACCGCAAGCUGUGUGGUAGACAUAGGGAAGAGGAAACUACAAAUGAUCAAAGAAGACCAGCAAAUCAGUUUCGAUAUGUUUUAUGAAGAGAAAGCUUUGCCUGACCAAAAUGUUUGUUUGAAGGUGAAUGUGAUGGAGGAAAAGAGACUAGAGAAGAAGGUUCUGGAAGUUGGAACCUUGUUGGAACCAGGAUAA